CCGAUUGGACGUUAACGCCAGGAACGGCGAGGUGGUCUGCCUGUAGCGAUGGACAUUUUGAUUGACAUGACAUACGGUCAGCUAGGCUCAAGCCACUCGGACGUUAGACGCAGGCGCAGACUAAACACUAGACCACUAGAUAGCUAGUUCCAUUCGUGUGAUACAGAGUGUGCAUUACGGUAUCCAACAGAAUGCGGUGGAUUAACACUUCCUGGCGCUUGCUGCUGCUGUUGAUGUUGUACGGUGCGCGAUCUGCCGAGAGUGAAACAUCAUGCACGAGAUUAGAUUUCGAUCAAGCGCAGCUAAGUUCGCUAAAGAGUUGUGAAUACGUGCAAGAGUUUGUCGCCAAACGGUACGAUGCCUCGGAGCACUUCGAACCGUACCGACCGGAGGCGGAACAUUUCCUGACUUACCGCUGGCAGGGAUUAUCGUGCGGUGAAACGGUCAACAGUUACUCCCUCAACGAGGAGACGGAACUGCGAAUGGCUUACAAUCUGAUUAUCGACAGUGGAGCGGCGCUCGAGGUACGGGUGCUGGAUACCGAGCGGCUGGACGAUGCGGGUCAACCGACGAUGGUCGACAAGUGGAAUACCGCGCUGUCGACCGAUGGAUGGGGUUUCUUUCGGGAAAAACUCAACAAAACAAUCUCCAAAGCGAAGAUUCAAAUCGAGGCGAACAUCAACGCAGGCAGCGACUUGGCGAUCGAGUAUCUGACGAUUUUCAACUAUGGCAUAGCAACGAACGAGUGCGAGGCGGUGGAUGAGUUUACUACGUCAACUACGAUCGUCACCACGACAACGGAAGCGACAACAACUUCGAGCACGCCGUUAACAACAAGCAGCGUCAUGACGACGACGACGACUGAGGAAACGACAGUUCCGGUUACAACAACCCCAACAACCACCGAAGAGAUAACCACGCCAACUACGUCAGAGACAACGACAACAACAACAACAACAACAACAACAGAAGAGCCAACGACGAGCUCAACCAGCACCAGCACAACGGAAUCAACGACUUCGGUAACGACAACGACUACCAAUGGCCCCCGGGAUGACUUGACAUCGGAUUCCACUCCUUCAACCACAACAGCAGCAGCAGUAGUAUCUUCGGAUAAACCACAAGCAAAUAGCACCACAAUUGCUGCUACUACCACUGGCGCGACAAUCUCUAGUACCACGAUUUCCGUGACAGAAAGUGCGCGCCCCGGCGACGAGGACCAGUUGGAGUCGAACGAAUGGUUCUGGAUGACACUAGCGGCAGUGUUCGGGGUAAUGCAGCUGUUCAGUGUGAUCAUAAUGGUUUACCUGUGCCUUGAAAACUAUCAUCUCGAUCGAUUAACGCACCGGUGGCUGGAAGCGGAUCAGCUUCCGCAAAAGCAAUGACUCGCGAACCGCAGAACGUUUGCGGAUCUGGAUAAUAAACCGAACCGAUUGAAUCUGA